AUGAAACUUUCGAAUGCGCUCACAAGUAAGAAACUACAAAAGUCAGUACCUUCAAUUACCGAAGAGCAAUUAUCCGAUAGACUAGCAAAUAGCUUUCGUAAUAUCGUCCAAGAUUUUAUUUUGACGUAUGAUACCACCCCUGACUUCGUUACAAAAUCUCCAGGCAGGGUGAACCUUGUCGGCGAGCAUUUAGACUACGCUGAUUUUGCCGUUCUGCCAAUGGCAAUAGAGGUUGAAGUGUUAUGUGCAGUAAAAAUUCUACCAGAAAAUGAAAAUCCGUCCAUCACCCUGACAAACUCUGAUGAAAAGUUCGCACAAAGAAGAUUUGAUCUCCCAUUAGAUGGCUCCCUGAUAUCGAUAGACCCGUCUGUCUCUGAUUGGUCUAAUUACUUCAAAUGUGGACUAUUAGUAGCCCAAAAGUAUCUCAAUGAAAAGUUCCCCGAGCGGUUCGAACAAUGCCCUCUAAUUGGAAUGAACGUUUUUGUCAGUGGUAACGUUCCAUCGGGCGGCGGACUUUCAUCAUCAUCGGCAUUUAUAUGCUCAGUAGCAUUAGCUGUUAUAAGGGCAAACACUUCCAAGGACUAUCAAAUUGCAAAGGAAGAUCUGACGCAAAUCACUGUGAAGUCAGAACAUUAUGUCGGGGUUAAUAAUGGAGGAAUGGAUCAGGCUGCAUCAGUCUGCGGAGAAAUUGACCACGCACUGUAUGUCGAGUUUAAACCAGAGUUCAGAGCUUCGCCAUUUAAAUUACCCGAAUUACAACACUCCGAAGUUCAGUUUAUUAUUGCUGAUACCUUGAUUGUGUCUAAUAAGUUCGAAACUGCACCUACAAAUUACAAUCUUAGAGUUGUUGAGGUUACAGUCGCUGCUAAUUUUCUAGCAGCUCGGUAUGGAGUGGUGCUCCAGCGUGAUGGAAAUCUCAAUAGAGGAACCCUUAGAGGGUUUAUGAACGCAUUUUACGGGCAUUACUACGGCAUAAAUACACCUUGGGAUGGCAAUGUUGAAGAUGGCAUAGAAAGACUCACUGUGAUGCUGAAACUCGUGGAAGAAACCUUUACCCAACACCAAGGUUACACUGUGGACCAAAUCUCCAAGGUCAUGGAAUGUUCGUCUAGUGAGUUUACUCGAGAUUACUUGACCAACUUCCCGGUGAGGUUCCAGGUUUUGAAGUUAUAUCAAAGGGCAAAACAUGUGUAUUCUGAGGCCUUAAGGGUUUUGAAAGCAUUAAAGCUUUUGACCAAAUGCGAGUUUAGUUCUGACGAGGAGUUUCUCACGCUUUUUGGGAACCUCAUGGACGCCUCUCAGGAAUCCUGUGAUAAGUUGUUCGAAUGCUCGUGCCCUGAGACGGACGAAAUCUGCCAAAUUGCCAGGGCCAAUGGGUCCUACGGAUCCAGGUUAACAGGUGCCGGGUGGGGAGGCUGUACCGUCCAUUUAGUCCCCGCAACGAAAGUCGAGCAAGUGCAAAACGCUCUCAUCGAGCAAUACUAUAAGAAAAGACACCGCAAUCUAACUACAGAGCUUCUAAAAGGUGCAAUACUAGUAUCAAAGCCUGCAUUUGGAAGCUGCAUAAUAGAGCUGUGA